UCUGGAUCGCGCUGGCUGCGCGGGACUGCGGACCGCACACACCCUGGGAGGCCCGGGCGGGGAACGGGCAGAGUCUGAGCCCAGCGUCCGCGACGAGGAGGAAUCGGACCUACGCUUUCGCCGCCUUCCGCGGCCGUCGGGUGUCUUAAGAGUGAAUGCCUACGGUGUUUUGAGCAUUUACCUCUUUUUUUGAUACUCUGGUACCUCGUGGGGUCUUCACGUUCAUUCAGUAUUAAUGAAGGCUUCAGUGUAAUCUCUUUGGGUCCCGACCACACACGAGAUGUCUAUGAUGAUGCUUUUGAAAUAUGUAUACCAUUGAGUCUAAAGGCUAAUAGUGAAAGAUGGUGGAUCGCUUGGCAAACAGUGAAGCAAAUACAAGACGUAUAAGUAUAGUGGAAAACUGUUUUGGAGCAGCUGGUCAACCCUUGACUAUACCUGGACGAGUUCUUAUUGGAGAAGGCGUAUUGACGAAGUUGUGCAGGAAAAAGCCCAAAGCAAGGCAGUUUUUCUUAUUUAAUGAUAUUCUUGUAUACGGCAAUAUUGUCAUCCAGAAGAAAAAAUACAACAAACAACAUAUUAUUCCCCUGGAAAAUGUCACUAUUGAUUCCAUCAAAGAUGAGGGAGACUUAAGGAAUGGAUGGCUAAUCAAGACACCAACUAAAUCUUUUGCAGUUUAUGCUGCCACUGCUACAGAGAAAUCAGAAUGGAUGAAUCACAUAAAUAAAUGUGUUACUGAUUUACUCUCCAAAAGCGGGAAGACACCCAGUAAUGAACAUGCUGCUGUCUGGGUUCCUGACUCUGAGGCCACUGUAUGUAUGCGUUGUCAGAAAGCAAAAUUCACACCUGUUAAUCGUCGCCACCAUUGCCGCAAAUGUGGUUUUGUUGUCUGUGGGCCCUGCUCUGAAAAGAGAUUUCUUCUUCCCAGCCAGUCCUCCAAGCCUGUGCGGAUUUGUGACUUCUGCUAUGACCUGCUUUCUACUGGGGAUAUGGCCACAUGCCAGCCUGCUAGAUCAGACUCUUACAGUCAGUCAUUGAAGUCUCCUUUAAAUGAUAUGUCUGAUGAUGAUGAAGAUGAUGAUAGCAGUGACUAAGGCCACACUUGCAAGUACUUAAUCAGGUGUGGCUGAGAAAUCAACUUUGGGGGAAAUGUAGAUUCUGAGCGCUCUCUUUGUUUUGAUUUAGCCAUGAAUUUGCCUGAGAAACUUGUAACCUAUGUGCCUCAAUAUAUUCCACAGAAAGUAGGUCCCCCUGCCUUCUCCCACUCCUCACGCUCUUCUACAGGGAUAGACUUUUGCAAAUAUAUCAGAUAAAUUUUUUGUUUCUUGUUGUUUAUUUUUAGGUUAUUUUCUUGGAAGGUUGGGAAAAGAUGUUUGUUUAACAGAUCAUGUACUACAUUGUUUUUAUUUCUGUUAUAUGGUAAAACUAAAAGCACAGAAUUAUGGGAAAGGGGUUACAGUGUGGUUCAUUAAUAAUGCUGGUAGCUUUUUUCUAACCAUCCUGUUUAAUGGUUAAGACACCAGUAACAAAAACACAUGAUUUGGAAAUACUUUGGCUUUUUCAUAUACCUAGUGGUGCCUUAUCAUAAUAGCACUGUUAACAUGAAAUAAGCCCCUUACCUUCUUACUUUUCUGGUUUGUUGAAAAAAGACACUGGUGCUCUUUGAAGUGAUAAAAUGAGUGUUUAUGAAUGGGUGUAAUUAGGAAAUACUUCUCAUCUGACAGCUACAAAUAACUAAGUUUGGAGAUAUUUUGACUCAAUAUGAAUAAAUAUUUUUCCACAAAAUAGUUGUGAUUAUAUUUUUUUGUUUUACUUAGGUCCUAAAUUAUAAUUGUCAAAUAUAUUUUUAAAAUUAAUAAUAGGUUGUCAUUCUUGGGAAUUUGGUUUGAAAUGUAUCAGUUCCAUAGAAUUGUCAUACUGCAUUAGCUUCUACUUUUACUUAAACAUAUUUUUAGACAUACAUUCAUCUGCUUUAACAUUAUUUCUGGGUUGAAAAUCUUAUAAAACCCUUGAAAAUAAACAAUCUCUUUUUUACAAAGCCCAUAUUAGAGCAUAGAUUUACUUAGGCUUGAAGACCUGGAAGAAAUAAUACGUAAGAAUGGUCUUAAGGCAGACCACUUUAAGUUUGGCUAGACUUCAUGGAAGUAUUGUCUAUUUCAGUGUGAAACUAUCUUGAAUUUGCAAAUAUAGUGUUAUAUUUUAUAAAGUUUUGUAAAGUCCCAAACAAUAUUUCUAUUUUUGUAAAACAGUUUUAUGUGUAAUCUGUAUCUGAAAUCAUUUUGCAAUCUAUGAAAAUAGAGUAGCAAUUGCUAUUUCUAAAUUGUGAACUUUGAGUCAAUUUAGAUUUCUUUUGAGAAGUAACUUUUCACUCUUUGCUUUUGAGGCAGCCAUUAGGUUGAAAAUAUAUAUUUAUCAUAUAAAACUUGAUGCGUUUUGCACUACUUUCUCCGUUUAUAUGCUGCAAACAACUACAGUCUUUGAAAUAUGGAAAAUCAGCAGUCUAAAGUUUGUUUUAAAUUCUAAAUUUAAAAAAUCUUCAAGUCUGAAUAUACUGCACAUGUCAUGAGAGGUUUGAUUCAAUAACUUGUGAUGGAGGACCCUUUGGUAUCUUACUGUUUGGUUAAAGCACUAAUUUUACUUACCUAUUAAAUUUUGAAAGCGUCUGAGAUAUACAAAUCUCCCUGUAGGGAAUAUGAAAGAAAAGCACAACAAAACUAGGGGUUUUUGUUCAUUUGCUUGCUUUUAUGAUUCUUUUGGUUUUUUAAAUAUCAGGUGGAUUUUUGUUUCUAAGCAAUAUAUACAUGUAAUCAACCAACAUAUCUGAAAAGGAUCAUGAAACCUGAGAAAUGCUAAUGGAGGCUUGCUGGUACAUAGGAAUGUAGCAAAUUCAGGAACCAAGGGGAAUGUUCUGAGAUCAUUUACAUUGUCAACUUUUAUUGACUUUGUUUUUACAAUAAAAAAUAUUUUACAACA